AUCUACAGAAACAUGAGAAGUAACCACGUGGUUUAUUUAUGUGUGUUGAACCACGGAUAAAUCUAAACGUGACACAAGACACCACUGACGUAUCCGAACAAACUUAAUUGGGUCUUGUUGAACCUGCUAAUUCCGAGUUACUAUGAAUGUAGCAUUCUAAAAGGACCACAGCAAAUAUUUUAGCAGGAAAACUGACAACUUCCUCACGUUAGCGUGACUUUAAGGGUUGCUAGGAGGUGUUGGUCUUCAUAAACCAACAGAACCGGAUCCGAACCCUUCCUGCGGGAUGGCUGGCUUGUCUUUAACUGUCAGACUGUGUUGUUUGGACCGCAGGUUGAGUUCAGUAGCAACCAGGACGAUCGGUGCAAAAGGUUUCGGUCCCUGUAGGUUGAGUCCAGCUGAAAGUUCAGUAUCUUUGUUCAGACAGGAGUCGUUUCUCCAGAGGAUAAUAAUCAGGGGACUGUUUGGUGGUGGAGGUGAAUCCAUUCAGCCGCAGACUCUGCAGGAUGUCGCCAAAAACAUCCGAGAGCGGCGCUGCAAAAGGGUGGUGGUGAUGGCCGGAGCCGGGAUCAGCACUCCGAGCGGCAUCCCAGAUUUCAGGUCUCCUGGCAGCGGCCUGUAUGACAACCUGCAGCAGUACGACCUGCCGUACGCCGAGGCCAUCUUCGAGAUCGGAUUCUUCCAUCGAAACCCAAACCCCUUCUUCGCCCUGGCCAAAGAGCUGUACCCGGGCAACUACCAGCCCAACCUGACCCACUACUUUGUCCGUCUGCUUCACCAGAAGGGCCAGCUGCUGCGGAUGUACACGCAGAACAUCGACGGGCUGGAGAGACUUGCAGGAGUUCCUCCGGAGAUGCUGGUGGAGGCCCACGGCACGUUUGCAACGGCCACCUGCACCUCCUGCCUGCGGAAAUAUGACGGCGAGGAGCUCAGACCAGAGGUGAUGAGCGGGGUCGUCCCUCGGUGUCCCACCUGUAAGGGUGUGGUGAAGCCUGACAUCGUGUUUUUUGGGGAGGAACUUCCUCUGAGUUUCUUCAAGUACCUGACAGAUUUCCCGCUGGCUGACCUGCUGAUCGUCAUGGGAACGUCGCUGGAGGUGGAGCCGUUUGCCAGCCUGGCCGGAGCCGUGCGCAGCUCCGUGCCCCGCCUCCUCAUCAACCGGGACCUGGUGGGGCCUUUCGCGUGGGGGCGGCGGCCUCAUGACGUCACUCAGCUGGGUGACGUGGUCAGCGGCGUUAAGGAACUCGUCGACGCUCUGGACUGGACUCGGGAGCUGGACGCUCUAAUGGCGGCCGGAAGUCAGAAAGUUUGAUGAUGUUUCUGGGAUUUUAGAUUUGUUAAGAUUUGUUGUUUCUUCUUCUGACUUUUGCUCUGACAGAAGAAACUGAGCAGAACUCGUUUUGUUUGCUCUCAGUUUUAUGAGAAAUCAAAGUCUGUGAUGUACAACGUAUGAGGCCCAUUGUAGAUAAUAUAAAAAGAAGAGCAAAUUUCCGCCAAAAAAAUCAAAAAUGUUCAGGUUAAUUUUAGAAACUUUCUAGAAAACACAUGAAAAUUUCUGAGUUUUAAAAGUAAAAAAUUUUGCUUUAAAAAAAUCUGAAAAUUUUAGAUUAAUCUUACACAUCUUUUUGAGAAAAAACUUGGAAAUUCCUGAGUUUUACGUCACAAAUUGAUAAAAAGAAUAAAACAGAUUUUUUUAGAGUAAUCUUAGAAGUAUUCUAGAAAAAAAAUUAGACAUUUCUGAGUUGAAAAGCUGAAAAGUUGAACAUUUACCAAUUAGGAUAUUUCAGAGUUUUUGGCUGAAAUGAACUCAUUGUUUUCUGUCUCCAGUGGCGUUCAUAUGCUGCUGUUCUGGUCUCUAUUUUACUGCCAUCUCUGUAGUGGUCACCUGAUCAAAUAAGGUUUUAAGUCUUGAAUAUUUUAGUUCUCAUUUUAAUUUUUAGUUACAUCUAAAAUUUGUGAUUUUAUUUGAUGUUUCUUUCUUCUAGUUUCUUUAAACAAGCAACUUUCAGCUUCUGUAACUGAAUAUUUGUUUAUUAUUGGAAAACUGAAAUCAAAACAUUUCAGUUCCUUUAUCAUGGAGAAUGUUUGCAUUUUUAAACAUUUUGUUAUUUAUUAAGUCAGAUGCAUGUAAUUUUAAAUUUUUUAAGCUACUACUGGUUAUUGUUUUGCAGUAUACAGUGGUCUUCAAUUUAAACAUCAUUGGCUUAAAAGAAUAAAUCUGCCAAUAUCAUUGAAUAAAACUAUGAUGCUAUUAAAAUAAAUUAUUUUAUCA